CGCGCGGCCCCGGGACCCCCCUCGAGCGGCAAUGGCCGGCAGCAGCAGCGGGGGAGUGGUGGGCGGUGGCACCGGAGCCCCAGGAUCCGGGCCUAACCACCACCACCACCACCACUCGGGCGGCGCGGCCGGAGCCUCGGGGCCGUCCAACCCCCGCAAGUUCAGCGAGAAGAUCGCGCUGCACAACCAGAAACAGGCGGAGGAGACGGCCGCCUUCGAGGAGGUGAUGAAGGAUCUGACCGUGUCGCGGGUCCAGUUCCACAAACUGCAGCACUUGCGUCUGGCCCAGACCCGAGCACAGUAUUAUGGAGGAUCCUUACCGAACGUCAACCAGAUCGGGAACAACAGUGAUUUCCAGACUUCGUUUCACCCCACUCUGGAUUCAGUCCGAGCGACACGACACCACGGGCUGGUGGAGCGGGUGCACAGGGACCGGAGUCGUAUGAUGUCACCCCAUCGACGCCAGCCUCCCAUGGACAAGCAUGGCCGACAGAUCGAAAGUUCUCCGUAUGGAUCAGUUUACCUUUCCCCACCACCAGAUACAAGUUGGAGAAGGAGUGUACCGCCGUGGUUCAAUGAGGAGAAGCAGCCUGGAUUUAGACUAAUGUCGUCCCUCAACAGAACAAACUCAGAUUCAGCUCUGCACACCAGCGCUCUGAAUCCUAACCAGCAGGAUGCCUUUCUUGGAGGGAAUCAAUUGAUGCCACAUCAAAGUCGUCGGAAUGCAAACUUUUAUGAUGGCGAGCUCGACAAUAUGGGGGAAGUCUUUUCAUUCCCAGUCCCAACCAACGAGGACAAUCUUUCACAGCUCAACAAACCUUUACCAAAGCAGCUGUGGGAAGCAAAGAAGGUUCAGUCUUUAUCUUCGCGGCCCAAGUCCUGUGAAGUCCCUGGCAUCAGCAUCUUUCCGUCCCCGGAUCAGAACCUGGGAUUGUCUCAUUUCCAUGGGACGCUGAAUACCGGCGGGUCUCUACCAGACCUCACCAACCUCCAUUUUCCUUCACCUCUUCCCACUCCAUUGGAUCCUGAGGAUACAACCUUAUCGAACAUCAGCGGAGGGGCCAGUACUGGGAACCUGGCUGCCACAAUGACACAUUUGGGUAUCAGUAAUUCCCAAGGUCUGUCAAGCUCUUUGCACAGCUCACUGAGUAACCCGUCCAUACAGGCAUCGCUGAAGAACUCCCCGCUGCACUCGCCCGUAAACAGCCACUCCCUGAGCAACCCCUCCAUUCACUCCUCCCUGUGCUCAUCGCUAAGCAACCCAUCCAUCCCCUCAGCGACCAUGAACAGCUCGCCACGGCGACGACAGACCCCAGUCAGUCCUCUGACUCUUUCGCCGGGUUCAGACACCCGAAGGUCCCUCAACAAGCAGUUCUCGCCGACAAUGUCACCCACACUGUCUUCAAUUGCACAGGGUGUGACCUUGGACACAAGUAACCUGGCAAUGGAGCACCUGCCUCCGUACCCACACUAUCAGCACCAACCGUCACGGCAGCUACACCCAUCGCAACAGCCGCUACACCAGGCACAGCGGCCGAUGCACCAGUCACAACAGGCAAUGCCCCUCUCAACGCAGCUAACCCACCAAUCACAGGAACAGUCGCAUCAGUCAUGGCAGCCGCAGGGACUCUCUGCGAUUCAUCCUCUCUCUCAGUCCACGAUGAUAGACGUGAACUCUCCCAAUAGUGAAAGUAUGGAGAGUAUACUGAAUGACUCUUACUUUGAUGAGCACCUUGUCAUCCGCCAGGCUAACACACUGUCUCAGCAGCUCCGCAAGUGUUCAGGCAACAGGCAGCAGGUGGAGAUGCACACUCCCCUCGGGAUGUCAGGUUACGACUCAUUCUUGUACAACAUGCUGGAGAAUCCUAACAGCACUUUUCCCAUGAGUGGCACGAGCUACUGUGACCAAGGUUCCAAUGUGAACUACUCGCAGGCAUCCACGAUGGGCCUGACAGGAAGCCAAGGGAACCUUCAGGACGCGAUGCAGCUGAAACCGAAUCUGUUCUACUCAAACUGUACUGGAAGCAUCCCCAACAUCAUUCUAACAGGGGAUUCUUCUCCAAGUCUAUCAAAGGACAUCAGCAGUGCACUCGCUGGCGUUCCAGACAUUACCUUUGGGACCGAUGGCAGUCUCCAUCUGGACGACGAGUUGAAGAUAGAACCACUCACCUUAGAUGGAUUGACCAUGCUCAGCGACCCAGAUAUGGUGCUGCCCGACCCCACAGUGGAGGAGACAUUCAGGACAGACCGACUGUAGAUGCUGGGAUUGUGUUCCCCAAUCAGUUUGUGGAAGAGGGAAAGCAGUGAGAAUGUACAGACACUGACUGAAGAAUUGAGCAUUUAAGCCAACAAGACCAGACUGAUUCAUUUGGAUUCAAACUUACUUUUCUGUAAAACCAUUGAAGCAACUUAGUCAGUGCAUUUGUUGUAUUCUGUGUGCGAGCUGUGUGGCUCACUGUGUUGAAAAUGGUUUUAAUAGUUAGCUGGUUAUGUACUAAAACGUUACUCUGCAUUAGGUAAGUGAUUGUACUGGAACCUUACUUAGGUUCCUUACUUACUUAGAACCUUAUUUACAUUACUUAGGUGUAUAAGUCAGCCAAACCGCCUACAUGAGGUAAAAUAUGAUUCAUUUUUAUUUUUGACUAAAUCUACAUAAUUCUAAACCACUAAAUCCAAACAAAUAAGGGUGUAUUCUUUGGUAUUUUGUUGAAAAUUUGCUCUGGUAAAUCAGUAAUCCCAUGUGCAAACCCGGUGUUGUGGGCUGGCAAUGGGAUAGGUUGUCAAUGCAAGACGUGGAAGUGGCUUGAAGGAGAACCCACCUCUACAGCCUCUGCUCGUCAGUGUUCUGUUUGGAUCCUGGUCAAAAGUUAGUUUAGCUACAAAAACGCUCGUCUUUCUCCAUCCUCACAUUCGCCACACCACCUCAGUUUUUAAAAUAAAAUUAGGAACAUGAACUUAGCCAGUACUGAUCGGCAGUAGGGGUAAAAAUAAACCAGGUAAACUGGAGAGUUGAUUCGUAUCAUCUAAUCUGGAGGUUACGUAGUAUUUUUAAAAGGGAAGUGCCCCUUGAAAUUGCCACUGGCAUGGAUCUUGCUGGACUUAAACCUCAAGUAUAUGGAGGAUAUAUAUCAUGUUCAAAGAAUGAAGAAGGCCCUACUGGUAGCUAAUCAUUCUCUACACUUGACGAUAAUUAUCUGUGAAGCGCUUUGAGAUGUUUGGGUGUAAAGAUGCUGUAAAAAUGCAAGUUCUUUCGUUAGUGUAUUAGAGAAAUCAAAUGAUGGGAACAAAUAUUUUUGCUGAAAGAGAAUCGUUUAAUCCUUAGCACUUGGAAUCCACUGCGAUUGGACUUCUGGAUCAAGAUGGAAUGGGACAUGUUACAUCCUAUCCUGUGAGGAUAGGCUGUAGAAUUGGGCUUGCUCUGUUAUUUGCUAUCCAUGGAAUGCUUCAAUUAUUGUUGUGAUAGAAUAAUCCCAAUUGUAUAAAUAUUUUUAAUACACAUUACAUAUUGCCUGCUACUUUUUCUUAACAAGGUUUUAUAAAGUUUUUAAAUGAAAGUUCUGUACAUUAUAAACGGAUAGCAGCAUGUCUGUGUGCUGUAUAUAGUAGAGCGAUUAUAUAUCGGAGAAUAUCUUUCUAAGACCUCAGAACCGUCCUUUUAAACUGACUGCCUUACUCUACCCUAGAUCUGGAACAUUAGUAUAGAGCAGGUCUCUGGGAAGCCCAGUGCCCAUCACUUCCUUAUAUUCUUAUGGAAAUAUCAGGCUACCAAUCGUGGCUCGCUUACUGAAGCCAUUGCCCCAGUGUGACACUGAGCUGUACAUACCUGAAAGGUUACAAUUAGCCUCAGUGUCCUGAGGGAGGGGAGAAAUCAGCCAAUCUCCUGAUAUUUUGAAGGCUUGUGUACGUGUGUAUGCCAGGUGGGGACAGGAUAAGGGCUUGGUCAUGGUAACCUGUUCCUUCUGUUGUCAAAUACACCUUGUCUCGGCAUGACCAGUCUGUCCGCAACACAGGUCAGCGCCUUCAGGAACGUAGAUAAAAUAAAUGCUGGUAAAUUCUAAGACCUGCAGGCACACCCCUAGCUUGUAUUUUUAGAUCGAGUCCAGGAAGGGUUUUGUCUCUUGAGUUUGUGUUUCCUUAAUCUGCUCUCUACAAUCCAUUGAAUUUUAUCAAUGUUGAUUUUUUUAUUAAAACAAAUUCUAGCAGGUUUUAAUUUAUUCUGAUCUAUUGAGCUGUGCUGUUCUUACCUUCCUUUUUGUAAUACGAAGCUGGUCUGUUUUAAAACUACUAAUUUUAUUAAUUUGUAUUGUAGUGUUAUCAGUCGUGUUUCCCAUAACUUCUUUUGUUACCUUUUGAAUGAUGUUGUAAAAUGUACAGUAAUAUUUAAAGAGAGUCUUCUGUAAGCUAGCGUUACUUUUUGUAAAGCGUCAUUUUGCAUUCUUUCUUUCAAAUAAAAAAAAUCUCCACGA